CAUCAUAUGGCAGCAUUAUGUAUUAAUGCUCACCAUAACGUAAGUAUCACCGAUAAGCCUUUCACAUGGAAUGUGCCCAGUACUUCCACCGAAAAAAAAGAAAAAAUUCUUCAACUGAAGGACAUUUACCCUGCAAAAUACACACCAUUAAAAAAACUGUAUAGCACAAACGGAUGUAAAUAAAUUUAAAAACAAUCUAUUACGCACACAUGCUAUUGGAUGCAGCUGGUUACUGAAGACCCCUCCAAAUGAAGAAGAAUCUUUACUGCCCGACAUAGAAACCAUUUUGUUUUCUUCAGACUUUUUGGCAGCAGAAAAUAAAACACAAUUUCUUUUAGAGAAAUUAAUUCUCAGUAGAGAAGACAUUUUAAAAAUAGCCGAGAAGAUUAUUGGACAAUAUGCUAAUGAGCAGUGGUUGGCUAGCACGAAAAUUACGUCUCUCUGGCAUCAAAUUUGGCGUAAUUUUAAAAGCGAGUAAUCGAAAUAAGUUUAGUAAAUCCUUAUUCACAAAUGUAUUGGAAGGGUAUGACCUCUCUAAGAGCCGUUUUACACUUUGCUAAAUUUAGUACUAAAACUUGUACUAAAUUUAGGAUGUAAAUUUGGUAUUAAAUUUAUGAAAGUGUCAUACUUGAAAGUUAUUAGGAUGUAAAAAUUGUACAAGAUUUUUAGGACUUGCUCUAUUUUUUUUUACGAAUCUGCGCGUAAAUGUGCGCAGUCAACAAGAUUUCCGCGAAUUUAAGUAGUUCCAUGUGAUUUUAAAGCAACAUAACCUCUUUUACCUAACGUUUUUACGAUUGUUCGACGUUCGUAUUUUCGUGUUAUAUAUUAUUUACUUUAUUCCUCUGAAUAUUAAAGAAAUGUCUUGGACACAUGAACAAGUGUUGAUCCUAAUCGAAGAAUACGAAAAACAUCCGUGUUUGUACAAUGUGAAGUCGAAGGAGUACAGAAAUCGACAUUCAAGAAAUGCUGCGUUAAUGCAUGUGGUGAACGCAUUAAAGGCGUAAAAAAGGACAUCACAAUAGCAGACAUCAAAAUAAGUGGAACGGCAUAAGAACAAAAUUUUAUGUCGGAGCAUAAAAGGGUGUCAGCGUCAAUGAAAAGUGGCUCUGGAGAAGAAGAUGUAUAUAAACCCAUAUUAUGGUAUUUCAAAAAUAUGCAGUUUAUUUUAAAUAAUGGCCAUGAACCACGAUUUUCCAUUGACAGUAUGGAUGGGACUGAAUUUACUGAUCAAUAUGAAGAAGCAGAAUCGCAAGAGACCGAGGAGACGUUUUUUGUAAAAGAAGCGGCAGAUGGUUCCGUUUUAGUGGACGACACCGGCAAUGAAAUUUAUGUAGACGUUCAAUCUCCAUCUACUAGCAGUGGCAGCAGAACAGACAGCACAUUUUCAGCCAAGCCAGGCAAAAAACGAAAACGAGUUGCUGUAGACACUGAAGAACAGGAGAACAGAUUAUUAAAAUCUGCAAGCACUGCAGUAGAAAAUAUUGCCAAAUAUCUGGAGCAGCCAAUAAAUAGUAACAAAGAAAAUCGCAGAGGCGAGUGCGAUAUAUUUGGUGAAUUCGUGGGCCAAAAGCUUAAAUCCAUCGCUAAUAAAUAUUUAAGGAGCGAAGCACAGUCCAAAAUCAUGCAAUUACUGGAUGAAUGUGUACGGCAAGACGAGAAUUAGUUAUAACUAUGCACAAGUUACUUUAUUUUUUUCAUGAUUAGGUAUUAAUUAUUAUAAAUACUUACU